AUGCGGCCUCUCCUGCUGCUGCUGCUUCUCCUCGCCCACCUCGUCUUCCCGGCGGCGGCCAAGAACGGCGGCACGGCCUCAGUGGCGGCGCUGAACGACGACGUGCUAGGCCUAAUCGUCUUCAAGGCGGACGUGGUGGACCCGGAGGGCCGGCUCGCGACGUGGAGCGAGGACGACGAGCGGGCCUGCGCGUGGGCGGGCGUCACCUGCGACCCCCGCACCGGCCGCGUCUCCGACCUGAACCUCGCCGGCUUCGGCCUCUCCGGCAGGCUCGGCCGCGGCCUUCUCCGCCUCGAGUCGCUCCAGUCGCUCUCCCUCGCCGCCAACAACUUCUCCGGCGACGUCCCCGCCGACCUCGCGCGCCUCCCGGGCCUGCAGCAGCUCGACCUCGCCCGCAACGCCUUCUCCGGCGCCAUCCCGGAAGGGUUCUUCGCCGAGUGCCACGCCCUCCGCGACGUCUCCCUCGCCCACAACGCCUUCUCCGGGGACGUCCCGGACGUGGGCGCCUGCGGCACGCUCGCGUCCCUCAACCUCUCCUCCAACCGCCUCACCGGCGCGCUGCCCAGCGACAUCUGGUCCCUCAACGCGCUGCGGACGCUCGACCUCUCCAGCAACGCCAUCACCGGCGAGCUGCCUGUCGGCGUCAGCAAGAUGUUCAACCUGCGGGAGCUCAACCUGCGAAGCAACGGCCUCACCGGCACCCUCCCGGAUGACAUCGGGGACUGCCCGCUGCUCAGGUCAGUGGACCUGGGGUCCAACUCGCUGUCCGGCGACUUGCCGGAGUCCCUGCGCAGGCUCUCCACUUGCGCAAACCUUGAGCUGAGCUCAAAUGCGCUCACCGGGAAUGUUCCAACCUGGGUUGGAGAAAUGGCGAGCUUGGAGGUACUGGAUUUGUCGGGGAACAAGUUCUCCGGGGAGAUCCCGGGCUCUAUUGUUGGUGGAUGUAGAAGCCUGGUGCACGUCGACGUCAGCUGGAAUUCCCUCACGGGCAGCCUGCCGUCCUGGGUCUUCGCAUCCGGCGUGCAAUGGGUGUCGGUGUCCGACAACACAUUCAGCGGUGAGCUAGCGGUGCCUGUGAAUGCAUCUUCUGUGAUCCAAGGCGUGGACCUGUCAAGCAAUUCGUUUUCAGGACACAUCCCUUCGGAAAUCUCAAAACUGCUGACCUUGCAGUCGUUGAACAUGUCUUGCAACUCACUGUCUGGCAGUGUUCCAGCCAGCAUUGUGGAGAUGAAGUCACUGGAGGUGCUUGAUUUGAGUGCCAAUAAGCUUACUGGGAGUAUUCCGUCCACCGUUGGAGGGAAGUCGUUGAAAGUGCUGAGGCUUGGGAAGAACUCUCUCACUGGUGAAAUCCCAGCCCAGAUUGGAGAUUGCUCAGCCCUCACAUCACUGGAUCUAUCACAUAACAGUCUAACUGGAGAUAUUCCAGCAACAUUAGCCAAUCUCACCAACCUUCAGACCGCUGAUUUUUCUAGGAACAAACUCACUGGUGGUCUGCCAAAGCAACUCUCCAACCUUGCCCAUCUCAUCGGCUUCAAUGUUUCACAUAACCAGCUCUCUGGGGAUCUGCCUCCUGGUAGUUUUUUUGACACUAUCUCCUUCUCAUCAGUGUCUGACAAUCCUGGCCUUUGCGGUGCAAAGCUCAACUCUUCUUGUCCUGGCGUGUUACCAAAACCAAUUGUAUUGAAUCCUGAAACUUCUUCCGAUGAUCCGCUCGGACAGAAAGAGCCUGUUCCUGGGGGGCUCCAUCACAAGAAAACCAUACUGAGCAUAUCAGCCCUUGUUGCAAUUGGUGCUGCUGUUCUCAUUGCUGUUGGCAUCAUAACCAUUACUGUCCUUAACCUUCAAGUUCGUGCACCGGCUUCUCAUUCUGCUGCCGAGCUAGAACUCUCAGAUGGAUAUCUUAGCCAGUCACCCACAACUGAUGUGAAAUCAGGCAAGCUUGUAAUGUUUGGAGGAGGUAAUCCAGAAUUCAGCGCAAGUACCCAUGCUCUCCUGAACAAGGACUGUGAGCUUGGCCGUGGUGGUUUUGGCACCGUCUACAAGACCACUCUCCGAGAUGGCCAGCCUGUUGCCAUCAAGAAACUGACUGUGUCAAGCUUGGUGAAAUCUCAAGAUGAAUUUGAGAGAGAAGUCAAGAUGCUGGGCAAGCUACGCCACCGUAACCUUGUUGCCCUCAAGGGCUAUUACUGGACACCAUCUCUUCAGCUUCUUAUCUAUGAGUUUGUCUCUGGUGGUAACUUGCAUAAACAACUGCAUGAGCCAUCUUCUGUAAACUAUCUCUCAUGGAAGGAAAGAUUUGAUAUCGUUCUUGGUAUAGCAAGAAGCCUGGCUCACCUCCACCGUCAUGACGUUAUCCACUACAAUCUGAAGUCAAGCAACAUUAUGAUCGAUGGAUCAGGCGAGGCCAAGGUUGGGGACUACGGAUUGGCAAAGCUACUGCCUAUGUUGGAUCGGUAUGUUCUGAGCAGCAAGGUACAGAGUGCACUUGGUUACAUGGCACCAGAGUUCACAUGCAGAACUGUGAAGAUAACUGAGAAAUGUGAUGUGUAUGGAUUUGGGAUUCUUGUCCUCGAGGUCAUGUCAGGCAGGCCACCAGUGGAGUACAUGGAAGAUGAUGUUAUUGUGCUGUGUGAUGUGGUGAGGGCUGCUUUGGAUGAAGGCAAGGUGGAAGAGUGCGUCGAUGAGAGGCUCUGUGGAAAAUUCCCUCUGGAGGAGGCUGUUCCUAUCAUGAAGCUUGGCUUGGUCUGUACCUCCCAGGUUCCUUCCAAUAGGCCAGACAUGAGUGAGGUGGUGAACAUAUUGGAGUUGAUCAGAUGCCCUCAGGACAGCCCAGAAGAAGAAUUAGGUUAA